AUGCAGGAGUUAUUUCUGAUGUUCAUAAACGCUUUUCAUUUUAUAAUUAUAAGUGACCUGGUGGCUGACAAAAUGGACGAAAUGCUGCGUCCCGUUAUUGCGUCAUGUUGCGUUGGCUAUUUUCAUCCUUCAUGUCUGGGUUCAUACAUUCUAUACUUAAUUUUCUUGUCUAUGUCCGAUUACCUGCUGCUCGGCUUUGAAUUGGAGCUGUAUUCUUUGUAUGAAUAUUCCUAUAUCUAUUGGUUUCUCUCCGAGUUUACUUAUAAGUGGCUGAUCAGUCUGCUUGAAAGCGGGGAGUCCAACGUAUGUUCUUAUUUUCUUAAUGAGCAUUUUUAUAAUUUUAAACUGUCAGUAAAAAUGGAGAAGGGUCAAGAAAAAAAGAAAAGCCGUACGAAAAACAAAGUUCUGAAGUCUCACAAAUACGAAAUCCAGCUCUACCGUUGCUUACAAAAGCUAUUCGAAGCAUAUUAUAAGGUAUUUAUCAAUUUUAAUCUUAUCAUUUAA